AUGAUUCGUGGGCUCAUGGACAAGCCCACGAACAUCCGUAACAUGUCCGUUAUUGCCCACGUCGAUCACGGAAAGUCCACCCUCACCGACUCCCUCGUUUCAAAAGCCGGUAUCAUUGCUGCAUCAAAAGCUGGUGACAUGCGGUUUACGGACACACGAGAUGAUGAAAAGGAGCGUGGUAUCACGAUUAAAUCGACAGCCAUCUCCAUGUACUUUGAAAUGGACAAGGACGAUGUCGACACCAUUAAGCAGAAGACCGAAGGCAACGAGUUCUUGAUCAACUUGAUCGAUUCACCAGGUCACGUCGACUUCUCAUCGGAAGUCACAGCUGCUCUCCGUGUCACUGACGGUGCUCUCGUUGUCGUCGACUGUAUCGAAGGUGUCUGCGUGCAGACAGAGACGGUGCUUCGUCAAGCACUUACGGAGCGUAUUAAACCCGUCGUUAUCAUCAACAAGGUUGACCGUGCUCUACUUGAGCUCCAAGUUUCAAAAGAGGAUUUGUAUCAGUCGUUCCAGCGUACCAUCGAGACGGUCAACGUCAUUGUUUCGACUUACCAUGACGCUGCCCUUGGUGACGUCCAGGUCUACCCAGACAAGGGUACCGUUGCUUUCGGUUCAGGUCUCCAUGGAUGGGCUUUCACCCUCCGCCAGUUCGCUGGUCGCUACGCUAAAAAGUUUGGUGUGCCUAAAGACAAGCUUUUGGCUAAGCUUUGGGGUGAUAACUACUUCAACCCUGCUACUCGCAAGUGGGGUACGAAGAACUCCGAUGCCGAUGGCAAACCUCUUGAACGGUCUUUCAACAUGUUCGUCCUUGAACCCAUCUUCAAGAUUUUCGAUGCCGUCAUGAACUUCAAGAAGGACCAGAUCGGUCCCAUCUGCGAGAAGCUCGAUGUCAAGCUGACGUCUGACGAGCAAGAUCUUGAGGGCAAGGCUCUCCUCAAGGUUGUCAUGCGCAAGUUCUUGCCCGCUGGUGACUCCCUCCUGGAGAUGAUAAUCAUCAACCUUCCUUCCCCCGCCUACUGCUCAACGUUACCGUGUCCCAUGGAUGACGAGUCUGCCAUUGGUAUCAGGGACUGUGACCCCAAGGCCCCCCUUGUGCUCUACGUCUCAAAAAUGGUGCCCACUUCAGAUAAGGGACGCUUCUACGCCUUCGGUCGUGUGUUCUCCGGUACCGUUCGUUCUGGCCCCAAGAUCCGCAUCCAAGGCCCCAACUUCGUGCCUGGAAAGAAGGAAGACUUGUUCGUCAAGUCGGUUCAGCGCACGGUGCUCAUGAUGGGUCGUUACGUCGAGCCCAUUGAAGAUUGUCCUGCCGGUAACAUCGUUGGUCUCGUCGGUAUUGACCAGUUCUUACUCAAGAGCGGAACUCUCACCACCUCUGAGACUGCACACAACAUGAGGGUCAUGAAGUUCUCCGUGUCCCCUGUCGUGCAGGUUGCUGUUGAGGUCAAGAACGCUUCAGAUUUGCCCAAGCUUGUCGAAGGUCUCAAGCGUCUGUCGAAGUCUGACCCCUGUGUCCAGGCUUGGAUUGCUGAGACCGGUGAGCACAUUGUCGCUGGUGCCGGUGAGUUACACUUGGAAAUUUGCUUGAAGGAUCUCCAAGAAGACCAUGCUGGUGUUCCUCUCAAGAUAUCUGACCCUGUUGUUGGCUACCGUGAGACUGUCAAGGCCGAGUCUUCAAUUGUGGCCUUGUCCAAGUCGCAGAAUAAACACAACCGUCUCUAUGCCAAGGCAAUGCCUCUCGAUGAGGAGCUCACCAAAGCUAUCGAAGCUGGUACCGUUAACUCCCGCGACGAUUACAAAGCCCGUGCUCGUAUCCUCGCUGAUGACUUCUCUUGGGAUGUCACUGAUGCAAGGAAGAUCUGGUGUUUCGGUCCCGAUACCACUGGCCCCAACUUGCUCGUCGAUGUUACCAAGGGUGUGCAGUACCUCAACGAAAUCAAGGACUCUUGCGUUGCUGCCUUCCAGUGGGCAACGAAGGAGGGUGUCUGCGCUGAAGAGAACAUGCGUGGUAUCCGCUUCAACGUUCUUGAUGUCACUCUGCACGCUGAUGCUAUCCAUCGUGGCGGUGGACAAAUCAUUCCUACGUGCCGUCGUGUCUGCUACGCUGCAUGUUUGCUUGCUACCCCUGGUCUCCAGGAGCCGGUGUACCUCGUCGAGAUCCAAUGUCCUGAGAAUGCCAUCGGUGGUAUCUACAGCGUAUUGAACAGGCGUCGUGGCCAGGUCUUCAGUGAAGAGCAGAGGCCAGGAACGCCUAUGUUCACCGUCAAGGCGUACCUCCCUGUCAUGGAGUCCUUCGGUUUCAACAGUGAUCUUCGCUCACAAACAGCCGGCCAAGCCUUCCCUCAGAGUGUGUUCGAUCACUGGGAGCUCAUGAACGGAUGUCCUCUCGACAAGGGCAGCAAGAUCGAAGAGCUCGUCAGGGGCAUUCGUGUGCGCAAGGGUCUCAAGCCCGAAAUUCCAGCUCUCGACCACUACUACGACAAGCUGUAAAGUUAUUGUACGAAAGUGCUCACUACCAAACUUCUGGAAUCCGUUCCUUGUAGCCAUUCAUAUUUCACUAAAUCCAAUUGUUGUACUCUUGUAUGCUUGAUGAUUUGGACGCCUAUACCUAAUAGUCACAUGGCAAUUGCUGAGAAUGUUGGUGAGGCGACACUGCAUGAUUCACAUCCCUCGGA